AUGUUCAAUCCGUUAUUCAGACAUUCAUUAAGAAAAAACACUUUCAACAACCUUAAAUUUACUUUCCAAAGGUUCCAACAUUCAGCACCUGCAGCAGUAAGAACAUCUGCACACCAGCAACGCAACAGUUCGGUUCUUAACACCAAAUUGAUUUUUGGCACAAGUAUUGCUAUCCUUACGUUUAAUACAUUCGGAAAUCCUUAUAACAAGCCUAAGAUCCUAAAUGACUCAGCUUACGCUUCUGCUACUAGAUUGGAAAAUACCAUUAAGUCUAAUGUGAAAUCAGCAGAGAGAGAUCUUCAUGGAAAAUCUGGAUUCGGAGGAAGAGUGAACUAUAAUGAAUUAACUAUUGGUUCCUUAACUGGAUUAUUUUUAGGAAUUUUAGCUGGAAAGUUAAGUUCAGCUAUUGUAUUUUUAACACUCUCGGGAUAUUUCUUGACUCAAUUCUUGGAAUCCAGGGGAAUCAUUUCAAUUCCAUGGAACCAAGUGAUUCAUAUUGGCUCAGAAAAGAUUGAUGUCAAGAGCUUGGUAUUGGACAAACCAUCUUUCAAAAUUCCCUUCGUAUUAACAUUUUUAAUUGCAGCAUAUAACAUUUAA